AUGUUGCUUGGGCAGGAGGCAAGAUAUCCCCCAAGAGCCAAGAUGCGGGUGUGCUGGUUGGUGAGACAGGACAGCCGGCACCAGCGAAUCAAACUUCCCCAUUUAGAAGCUGUUGUGAUUGGUCGAAGCCCGGAGACCAAGAUCACAGAUAAGAAAUGUUCCCGACAGCAAGUACAGUUGAAAGCGGAGUGUAACAAGAGAUAUGUCAACGUUAAGCAGAUGGGGGUCAAUCCCACCAGCAUUGACGCAGUCGUCAUUGGGAAGGACCAGGAGAUGAAGCUGCUGCCUGGUCAGGUUCUCCACAUGGUGAAUGAACUUUAUCCAUACAUGGUGGAGUUUGAGGAGGUGGCAGAGAGCCCUAACGUGACACAGAGGAAGAGAAAGAGGUCAGACUGUGAUAGUCAGGAGAUGGAAGCUGAGUCUGGGGCCAGCCCCAGCCAGUGCUCUGUGCCCCCUAAGAAGGGCAAGCAUGGAGCCACCAAGGAGGAAUCACUGGGCCACUGGAGUCAAGGCUUGAAGAUAUCUAUGAAAGACCCCAAAAUGCAGGUUUACAAGGAUGAUCAGGUGGUGGUGAUUAAGGAUAAAUACCCCAAGGCCCGGCACCACUGGCUGGUCUUACCAUGGGCCUCCAUUUCCAGUCUGAAGGUUGUGACCAGUGAACACCUCGAACUUCUCAAACACAUGCACGCUAUAGGGGAAAAGGUGAUAGCAGAUUUUGCUGGAUCCAGCAAACUGCGCUUCCGACUGGGUUACCAUGCCAUUCCCAGCAUGAGCCAUGUACAUCUUCAUGUGAUCAGCCAGGAUUUUGAUUCUCCUUGCCUUAAAAACAAAAAGCACUGGAAUUCUUUCAAUACAGAAUAUUUUCUGGAGUCACAAGCUGUGAUCAAGAUGGUUCAGGAAGCUGGCAGAGUGACUGUUAAAGAUGGGACUUGUGAACUCUUGAAGCUGCCUCUCCGUUGCCAUGAGUGUCAGCAGCUGCUGCCUUCCAUCCCACAGCUGAAGGAGCACCUCAGGAAGCACUGGGGCGGGUGACACUUGCCUUGGUGACCGAGUGCAGCGCUAGCAUCGUUCUGCAUUGCCUGUGCUCCGUUCAGUCCUGAACUAAAGCUUGCAGCUCUUCAAAACAAAGCUUAUUAUUCUUGAGUGACCACACAGGGUGACUCUGGGUCAGGAACUGGGAAUAUGGGUUUGUAUGGUAUAUUUUCUGGUAAUGGAGGAUGAGACAUGCCUGACCACCCUUCCCAGGACCAUGUCAGGCCUGACUAAUAGGAGGGCAGAGUCAGCUUGAGGUUCAAAUACAAGAUGUAGAAGCAGAGGACUGGUAAUGUAUUUGUUCCUACCUUUGCCCCCGGAUCAUGUUCUAUCUUUUUAUCAAGAUAGCUGAGGUUCUGAGGGGGCCUGGUUCCUGCUCUAUGAUAUUCCUCUUCCCUCCAUGAGGAGGCUUUCAAUCUACUGUACCAGGCUGAGUGCCUGGGUGAACAUAUGUGGCAGUCAUCUGCACAGAGAGAUACUUUGUGUAUGACUGUGCCAGGGAACAGGAAGUGGUAAUAUUGGGCACAGUAUGAUAACAGUACAGCCUGUGCUGAGGGCAGCCUGGGGCAGUGUGAACUGCCAGUAAACAGUACAGCCUGUGCUGAGGGCAGCCUGGGGCAGUGUGAACUGCCAGUAAACAGUACAUCCUCUGCUGAGGGCAGCCUGGGGCAGUGUGAACUGUCAGCGAACAGUAUAGCCUGUGCUGAGGGGCAGCCAUGUACAGUGAUGCCAGUAAACAGUACAGCCUGUGUUGAGGGCAGCCUGGGCAGUGUGUGUUAUUAGCUUCAGGCAGAUUUUACUGAGGCUUCAGCCAUUGCUCUUGAGAAUUACAGAACAUUUAACUAAACUUCAGAUAAUGUAUCUUAGAAAAACAAUGUUGCAAAAUAGUUCAUUUACUUUCCACCUGAUACAAUAUAGUUUAGCACAUCAGUAUUAAAAUGAGUAUUUGCUGUAAA